CAAUUCUCAAUCUCCAUUUUCUGCAAAACAAAUUUCGAAUCCGUUUAGAGGAAAUCGAAGAAUAUGUUGCAGGAAAUGUGGAAUGGGCCGCCGGGCUUCAGACCCACCAAAUCUGCUCCGGCGUCCCCCGCUAAGCCUCUGGGUGUGGCCCGAACCCGCUCCGAUUCCUUCCAUGUCGCCCCCAAAGUCCCCGUCGGCGAUAGCCCUUACGUUCGGGCCAAGAAUGUGCAACUGGUUGAAAAGGAUCCGGAGAAGGCGAUCCCUCUGUUCUGGGCAGCCAUUAACGCCGGAGACAGAGUGGAUAGUGCUCUGAAAGACAUGGCGAUUGUGAUGAAGCAGCAAAACAGGGCGGAAGAAGCCAUUGAAGCGAUCAAAUCGUUAAGAAACCGGUGUUCGGAUCAAGCGCAAGAAGCUCUUGACAACAUUUUGUUAGAUCUCUACAAGAGAUGUGGGAGAUUGGAUGAUCAAAUUGCACUGUUGAGGCACAAAUUGUUCAUGAUCCAACAAGGAUUAGCCUUUAAUGGAAAGCGAACGAAGACUGCAAGAUCCCAAGGGAAAAAGUUCCAGGUUUCAGUUGAUCAAGAAGCCACUAGACUACUGGGGAAUUUGGGGUGGGCAUUGAUGCAGCAAAACAACUACAUAGAAGCAGAAGAUGCAUACAGAAGGGCUUUAGCGAUAGCGGCAGACAACAACAAGAUGUGCAAUCUGGGGAUUUGCUUAAUGCAGCAAGGGAGAGUUAGGGAGGCUAAAGACACGCUCCGCCGCGUAAAACCCGCGGUGUCGGACGGCCCCAGAGGCGUAGAUUCUCACCUCAAAGCCUACGAGAGAGCGCAGCAGAUGCUCCAGGAUCUCGAAUCCGUGACCAUGGUUAAGGUUGUCGGAGACUCCGACAACCUUAACCAUCUCGAACAGCGCAAGGCUUUCCAAUCUUUCUUGGGCUCCUCCGCAAUCUGGCAACCUCAACCUUGCUCAACAACAACAUUCCCGGCAAAUCCGGUCCAAGAAGACCAAUUCCCAGACGAAAACAACAUCGUAUCUUCCAACCGGGCGGCGCAAAAGCCGCCUCUGAACUCGCUGAACAUAAACGCGCCGCCGUUCUACUCCUCCUUCAAGGAGCCGCUGAAGCGAACGAGGUCCGGCAACGGCGCCGCCGCCGCCCCGGAAAACAAGAUGAGACGGCAGUCGAUUUCGCCGGAGGAGGAGAAAUGGGCGGACUUGAAGCUGCCCGACAACAAGGACUUCGAGGACGCGAUAAUCGCAGCAGUUUUGGAUUCUUCCAGCGCUGAAACAACAUCAUCCAAGCUGGAACAACAACAUUGUCCCAGGAAGAUUGAGAAGAGGCUUAAGGUUUUUCAAGACAUCACCCUGUCAUUGAGUCCUAAAGCCUGAAGAGCCUUUUAACAUUAUGGGAUUAUUUAUUUAUUUGUUUAAAUCUAAUUAUCAUCCAUUCUUAUUAUUAUGCAUAAAUUCUUUAAUUUAGGAGUAGGGAGAUGAGCUUGUUCUCCUUUACUUUUCUUUAUUCCUUAGGGGCUGGGUAAGUAAUUCUUCAAAUAUUCAUAACACCCAAUUCAUUGUAUUAGACAAGAAGAAGAAGAUUCCUAUAUUUCCUUUUCAA